AUGGAGAUGCAGAAUGAAGAGGCUGACAGUCAGUUGGCAUCUGAACAUGUGCUGGUGGCAGCAUCCACCCAGCCCCCUAUCCUGCACAAACACAGACAAACAUGUCUCAGAAGGGUGCUCGCGAGCGCCCCCUUUGCGGUCGAUAUGUGCACUUUUACCGAGCGUGCACUGGUGCGAGCUCCGCAGCAGACAUCUUCCCGACAGUCAAAGCGGCAUUACGUCACGAAAAGACAACUCGGCUUGUCCUCGGAGGAAGCUCUAUCUCAGCUUCAUACUCAGCUGUCAUCUGUCCUACAACAACACAGAGAGAGCUGUAUAAAAGACAGCCAAUGGAAGGCAGCAUGGAGCAGAUGUUUUCUGCAUCACUCUGUCCGUUGGUCCAGUCUCCACUGGUCAGGGGUUUUACUGACAGCCCUGUGUGCAACAAGUCUGAUCACCUGCCAUGUGAUUGAACCAAACAGUGAAAGCACAGCUUUGAUUGGCGGAUGCACAGUGUUGCUUCUCCUUCUGGCUGGGCUGGUUGCCAUGACAGUCCUCCAGUGGCUGAAGAGAGAGGAGAUGCCCCACAGAGUCGAGGCUUUACUGAACACUUUGCAGGUUAAACUCUUUGAAUGCAUCACAGAGUUCUGGAAACAUCCUUCCUCUGAUUGGUUAAGAGGCACAGAGGACCUGUUUGCCCCACCCUCCCCUGCCGUGUCACGACAGUGGGCCUAUCGUGACGGGAAACUGGUCAAUCUACCUGUCAGUCUGCUUGUGGAGGGUGACAUCAUCUCUUUACGCCCUGGCAGUGAAGCACCAACUGAACUAAGAGGAAUUCAGGAAGAAGAGCAUGUUGUCUUAUCCCGCAGUGAUGUGUUUAGUCACCUCUCCUCUCCCCCAUCCCCAUUGGAUAGUGGAAGGCCCCGCCCACAUCGUUUGCUCCAACCGCAGCUCUUCAGGGUAAUGAAGACUCCGGCAGCUGAAGUGGUUCAGAGGUGUUUGGAGCUCUAUCAGCACAGACCUGUGUCUGUUCUGGAUAAUGAACGUUUCACUGUGCAAAGUUUACUAGAGAGAGGCCCAGCGCCUUUUGUCUUGGUGCUGCUCCUGGUUUUGAAUCUGUUGCGUAUUUUGUUUGGCGCUCCUGGUGUGGGACCGUGGCCUGUUACACUCCUGCAGCUACCUGUGAAUGGCGUUUUACCUCUGUUGCCCAUGACUUUCCCCCUGCUUUGGGUUUUCGUGUGCAUGUACGGAGAGGCCUGUGUUCUUUUACAGAUGGGCUCGGAGCCAGCGGACUGGUGGGAACUGUGGAAGUUGACCUGCAAGAAAUGUUACUCAGUGUUCUGGGGUCAAACAUCGACACUCUGCCACACCGCUAGUUUGCUGCACAGUCUGGGAUCUGUAACUGUCCUGUGCUGUGUUGAUAAGCAGGGUAUUCUCUCAUGGCCCAGUCCAAACCCUGAAAAGAUUCUGUUCUUCAGCAAGUCCGCCUCAUCACAAGAGACAGAAAGACAGAGGCAAAAAGAGGCAAAGAAAGAAAAAGACAAAGAUGAAGAAGAGGUUGGCUUGAAGGACCCCGUUCAGAUCCGCUCACUCUGCAGUCUAGAGAUGUUGAGUUUGUCGGUGGGUCAGGCUCAGUGUGAUGACACAUGGGUGCAGUUUGAUGACACUUGCUGGCAACGCCACGCCCCUUCUCUUCGGCCUCUGGGAUUGGCUUUGCAGUUAGUCCUCUGCGACCCUGGAGUUGCCACCCGCAUGCUCCGCCUCUCUGACCACCUGACCCAUGCUGCGCUGGUGCGCACUCGACCCCCUUGUCAGCCAGUCCGCCCACCCUGGGGGCUCUGCCAUCUACCAAGGAUUCUAGGCUUCUCCACCUCCGCAAAGGAGCCUUUCGAACAGAGAAUGAGUGUGGCAGCCUACACCCUGCCCUCCAUCUCCUGCCCUGGAGACCCAGGGAUCAUUGCACCACCUUCUGUGUCAAUGAGACGGCUUCCUUUCUCACAUCUCAUAGCACUGCUGGUGCACCACACUCAAACUGGAGAUCUUCAAUUAUUCUCAUAUGGCUCAGCUGAUGUAGUUUUGGGUGCAUGCACUGAAUUCUGGGAUGGAGAGGAUAUUCAACGCCUCACCGACUCUGACAGGAAGAAAGUUGUGGAUUUUUAUCAGCGUUCUUGUAUGGCUGGUCAGUGUGUGGCUGUUUCCUUUAAGCCACUGUUGCAACCACAUGACCCAGAAAUAGAUGACACCUGUGUGGAGCUGCCUUUCAAUCACAAUACUGAUACUACAGAUGAUAUCUCUAUCACACCCCUCAGGCAGCAAAUCUUUCUUGGUCUGGUGUCAUCACAGUUUCAAGCCCGUCCUGAUGUGGUCAGACUUAUCUCAGGGCUGGACAGUGCUUGCAUUCGUUUUGUCUAUUUUUCCAUUGAAGAGGAAGUUCGAAGUAAGGUGUUUGCUGAGAAAAUGGGACUGGAGACAGGAUGGAACUGUCACAUCUCCCUCCAAUCAGAGAGCUUCCCUCUCGACCCAGAUAACGUGGAGGAGCCAGAGACAGAGGAAGAGGAGGAAAUUCUGCUAAGAGACAGUGUCAGAGAGAGGACAGAGUCAAGGGCCAUGGAGCAUGAUGGGGCAUGUCUUAUCGAGGACUUAAACAGGGCCAAACUUCCAAAAGGAAUAGAGAAUGUGAGGCCACAUCUGGAGAACAUUGAUAAUGUUCCAUUGCUGGUCCCUUUAUUUACAGACUGCACAUCUCAGACUGAAUGUGAGAUGGUGUGUAUCAUGCAGGAGUAUGGAGAGGUCGUGUGCUGCCUCGGGAGCAGUCAAAACAUCAACAACAAUGAAAUCUUCCUACAAAGCGAUAUCAGCAUUGGUUUAGAUCCUCUGGUUCCCACAUGUUGUUGGUCCACUUCUGAUGCAGCUGAUGAAACUUUAAACACUUCAGACUCUGUGAGUGUAUCGCAGCUCUCUAGCGCCAUCUGUGGGCUGGCCUGCACAGUACAGUUUAACCAAAAAGACAACAACACAGUCAUCAGGCUCAUCAAACAGGCACGUCACACCACGGCAGGCAUCAGAAAGUGUUUUCUGUUCUUGCUCCAGUGUCAGCUGUCCCUUGUUCUCAUUCAGAUUCUGGCAUGUGUGUGUCAACUUCCUCCUCCACUGGGCACAAGUGAUGUCCUCUUUCUGUCCUGUUUCUAUUUUCCCUUACUCAGUGUGUCCCUCCUGGGAAAGCCAUCUGACAAUUCCAUCAUGAAAGUUCCAACUGGGAAAAAUCUCAGAUUCCUACCAAAAAAGACAUUGCGGUUGUUUGUGCUGUGUUUCCUGGUGAAGUUUGGUCUCACCGUCUGCACCUUCCUCACAUGCUUUGGCCUCCUGCUGCACAGCUUCUGCCUUGAUAUUAACCACCAAGAUGAAGACCUGUGUCACCCAGCAGCACUUCUCAAGUAUGUGGAAAUGAAUUCAACAGUGUGGUCUCCAGAUUGGUACGGCAGGCAUUCUGAUGGUCUCUCUCUGGCUCAGAAAGUCAUCGCCUUCCUUGUGCUGCUCAAUGCCAUGUGUACAUCCAUCAGUCAUGUGCAUCGCUCGGCUCCCAUGUGGAAACAGAGUCCGCUGAGCAACCGCUGCUGGUGUGCCGUCAUCUGCAUUGUGCCGGUUCUUAAUGCUUCUUUAGCGAUGGCGUCCCGCUUCCUGUGGCAUGAUCCGGACCUCCACCAUACGUUCUACAUCUCCGAUAUUCCCAUGGUAACCUGGAUGUUAGGAAUCCUAUGGCUGAUUCCGCUGGUCUUUAUCAAUGAAGGCAUCAAACUGCAUGAGAUCAGGAUGAGGGUGAGAUACCAGAAACGACAGAAGCUUCAAUUUGACACCAAACUCGGCAUGAACUCCCCUUUUUGACACAUCUGUCAAAAACAUGUCAACAACUUAGAUAGGCAUCCUUUAGUAUUGACACUAGGCUUUGGAAUGAAAUAAAAUACAGUGUUGACCUCUAGGUGGCAGUACUGCAAUGACAACAACAUCAGCAACCCCUAAAAGAGACUCUCUCCAGUCUGUAGACAUUAAUGCCCCUUGACCAACAUGAAGUUAUAUCAGUUUAUUGCAUAGUCACUCCCCAACCACCUUUCUGAUUUUCUUGAUUGCAUUAUAAUCAGGCUUUAACUACAUUUACUUUUGUAUUACUUAUUUUUGUAGUUGCACAAUCAGGCACAACCUUUGAUUAGUAUUAUACUUUUCAAUAUUAACAUAUACAUGGUACAGCAUAUUUCUUUCAUGCUUUCAAAAGGAACUUUCAUGCCUGGACUUUACUGACAUUUGAUGUUAUCAUAAAAACCCUUUGCCCAGUAUAUAUCGCCCAGUGAACAGAUGGUAAGUGCUUUUAAUAAAAUGUCAUUUAUGAGAUGCUGGGUCAGCAGAUUUGAGAGUAAUUGACUUGUCAUUCUAUGUGCGUGUGUGAACUACCUGAACACACUUUACUGCUGUCUGAAUAUAGGGAAACGAUGCGAGUGUAUAUAAGCAGCUUUAUGGUUCUGCACACUAGGGAAGAUCUCUGCAUGUGUAUUAGUGAGUGUAUAAUAUAUCUCUUGCACCCAUCUCCCCUUUGUUGUCUCCGUUAAAACAAUGAAAGUCGCUGAUUCGCCAUAAAACUCCCUUAUCAGCUUCCUCUACCUACGGCACAAGCUUCCUCCGUCCUCAUUAAUCUUUCACUGAUAAAACGAAGGUUAACAAACUCUUAAUUCAUCUAAGGAAUACCACCCGCUGUUUGAAUUUGCUCACCUCAAUGUAUGUGUGUACCUGUGAUCAUUUAGUGGUGACUACAAUUUCCUCUCAUCGAGGCCAAAGGUUGCUAAGCAACUCAUCUGCAGUUACUGUCCUUUUGGAAGAUGAUGCUUUGAAUACAAGUGUAUUUAUAUUUUUAAAUUCAUAGACUAAGUGAAUACACACUUUGCAUGUGAUUACCACUGCUGUGCUUUGCUGUAUUUGUGGCUAGAUUUAAAAAUGCCCAUUUACAGUCCAUGUCCAUUUUGUAUGCAUUUAAACACAGGUCACAAGUCAGGUAGAUCACAUGAUCACACCAGCUUAUUCAAGUGACCAUUUAUGUCCCAUAUAUCAUUUGAGCUUGUUAUAUACUUUGGUUGGGAAUAAUUAAUGUGUUCUAGUGUUGAUUAAAGAGUAUCCAGUUACCAAAUCCAAGCAAAUAUAAUCGCUGCAUGUUUCAGUUGCACAGAGAGCAACUGACAUUCUUGUGCCUUAGCUUCAGGUCAACUUAUAAUGAGCAGUGAGAUGUUACUACAAAGAGAGCCAUUAAUCAGGAGAAUUCUAGUUUUAGUGUAUUUUAGUUAGCUGAAUUAUUCUCAUAUAAAAGAAAACUAAGUGAUGUAAAUUUAUGUAAAGUAUGUAACUGCCAGCUAUUUCAUCAUUACCUGGCACUUUGCACAAAUAGGGUGCAAAUUUGUUUCCCAUUCAUUUUAAGGCUCAAAUCAUAUGAUAUGUUAUGUAAUGAAUAAUUGACGAUGGGCUGUUGAAUUAUUAGAAAAAUAAUGCCUCCAGAGGUGGUAAUGCAGCCAUGCCGCGAAGCUGACACACAUUUAUUA